CUGUUCGCUAUGUUUGCGAGCGUGUCUCGGGGAAGAUGGCUCUGGUCAUGUUACUCAGGAUUUAUUUCAAUUUGGUUUGGUGAUAUGUGUUGUCGAUUUCUCGAGUUUGCUGGCUGCAAGUGGUUUAUGUUAACGGUAUUUUCAGGUUGUGUUUAAUAUUAUUCAUCCUGUGUGAACCGCAGAAAUCAGCGACCAGUGACAUCUCAAUAUCGGUGUCUCAGAAAUUGUGUUGUGUGAACACGUUUCAGAUCUGAUGGAAAUGUGGCUUGAAAAUUAAAAAGGUUCCAUUUGAAAAAUUAGAAGGUAGCCUAGGCAACUUCACAACAACGAUUCCAGUGCUAAUAUUUUACCAGUUAAUGUAUACCCCAUUAUCCUCUGCUUACAUUUAUUUUAAACAUUUUUUGUACGUGUUAAAAUAAGAGUUAUUGAAAGUCAGAGAGAGGUUUGACACCCGUAUUUUACGCAAGUAUGCGAACCGUUGGUUGCUGAUAGGCCUACUACUGUUUCACGAAUUUGCAGGUUAUAGGAGCCUUGCAUUUUUAUUUCUGUUGCGCCCUCUUCAAUUUACAUGAAUUUUUGGUACAUAUAUAGUAUUUCACGUUGUAUAAAUUGUCCAAUUGGUGCGUUCCAUACACAUAGUUUUUCUUUAAAUAAAAUUCUGGACAUAAAUUGUGGCAAAAUUGGCGUGUCUGCGCUAGGUUAUGCUGAUUGAAGACUGUGUGUGGAAUGCCUGAGCUUUACAACUGGCUAAUCUGAGCAUUAAAAAGUGAUAUAAGAGGUUAGGUUAGCUGAUUGAGACUGAAAGAUUGGACUUGUAGGACAAACCAAUACAUUAUGGAUGUAAUUAAAGAAGAAUGUGACUCAGAUAUUGAUUCUCGGCCAACAUCUUCGCCAAGUGAGGAUCAAGACACUACUGCAAAAAUGGAAGAUGUGUUAGAACCAUUUACAUUUGUUGCAGUGAAACAGGAAGUGGAAGAGUCUUGGGAUGACUGUCAAGACGAUCAACAUAAAAAUGAAGUCACAUUAGAUGAACAUGAAGUUGGUCCUGAGAAUGUGGAUCACAUGGCUGUGAUACAGGAAGACACUGUAGCUGGAGGCAGUUCAUCUCAGCUGCUUCCAAGUCCUUUCAAUGUACCUAAGGGCACUAGCUUCCUAAGCAACAUUUUAAUAUCAGAAUACAGGAGAAAUAUGAAGACUGGUGUAAAAUUAUACAAGUAUUUAAUAACGGAUAAGGGAGAGAAACGUUACUUUUGUGAACUUUGUGGAAGAACCUAUUUACGUGUUGGAGACCUUGUGAAACAUGGACGCACCCAUUCUGGAGAGAAGCCAUAUAGUUGUGACAUUUGUAACAAGUGUUUCUCAAAAAAAGACGUUCUCAGAGAACAUUAUCGUACCCACUCUGGAGUGAAACCGUACAAAUGCGACCUAUGCAGCAAAUGUUUUACUAAAAGUGGGAAUCUUGCUAUACACCGCCUGAUUCACACGGGAGAGAAGACGUACACUUGCGAUAUAUGUAACAAGAAAUUCCUGUUGAAAGGUGUUUUGAAGCUUCAUUAUCGUAUUCACACCGGAGAGAAGCCAUACACGUGUGAUAUAUGUAACAAAGCAUUCUCUAGAAGUGGACAUCUUGCCUCUCAUCAGCAGAUUCAUAACAAAGAAAAACAGUAUAUUUGCAAAGUUUGUAACAAAGAGUUUUCUCAAAAACAUAAUUUACAGAGACAUUGCCGCACACAUAUGGCAAAUGGGUUAGGAAGCUCUGCAACAGGAAAUGAAUAAUUCAGAGCUCUGUUUUGGUAGUUGUGAUCUUUCCAGUAAUAUUGUUUCAUCAUGGUAAUGAUCACUCCAGUUUUCUUUUUUUAAUAUCUGAAUGACCAUCAGCUCUUCAAGGCAUUUUUGUUUUUGGUGUAAUGAACUUGAUUUGGAAUGAAAUGUAAAUUCUCAUUGGGUUAAGGAACAUUGGAAUGAGUGUUGGUUUGGAUAACAAAUAAGUGAGGGAAGCCAUACAUGAUUACAAUACCUUCAAUUGACUUACUUUUUUCUUCCCCAUUGUAUGUGGUAUGGAUUGUGGAAAAAGUGUGUAAAUAUUUUAUUUGUUUAUAGCAACAAAUGAUUCACUAUGAGAUUAGAACGUUAUAAACGAUACAUAUGUUUCUUUUACUUAGGUUUUUCAGGAAAAAGCCAUAUCAACUGUUUUAUUGUUUGCAGCUGAAUUCUGUUGUCACCUGAAAUUACUGUCUGAUCUGGUGUUACCCUACCAAUUUAUUACUUCAUUGUUUUAAAGAACUACAUUUCAUUGUGUUAGGUGAAGCAAAGUGUACACCACUGUUGUACAAGUGCAUUGUGAUACAGUUUUCCUUUCAGAAAAUGACAUUUAUAUUAUGUGAGAUUUGAUGUUUUCAUGGCAGUGAAGGUGUCAACAGUGGUCUUCUGUAUUGUGACAUUGUGUCAUUCCGUAGAUGGUUAUAGACUUCUUAAAGGAAUUUAGUGCCUCCAGUUUUGACUUCCCUGAAGAUGGAGGUAGCAUUACUGUGGCUGACUGAAUAUGAUACAUGCCGACAGCAAGAACUCAUCCUCUUGAUGAUUAGAAUGCAGACACAGGCCACAGAUCUCUGGACAGAGCAUUGUAAUUAUAUAUUGUAAUGUGUUUUGAUGAUGAAGGUCUUGAGUAUAAGAAGACUACUCAAGUCACUUUAUAAGCUAAUUUUUUGUAUGAGUGUGGUAAUUUGUAUUUUAAUUAAAUUAAGAGGACAAGUGUUUUACUAUCAAUAUUAAUGCAAUAUUAUUGUAUUCUUUCAUCUCAUAGUUAGAGCUGAAAUGUAAUAAUGAAUUUUAAGUAAUGUUUUGCUUUUACAUAAAGAAGAAACAAGUGGUGUGUGUAAUGUUUGUUAGUUUUAAGACAAGAAGGUUGUUGUUUAUAUUCAGGGCUUGUUAGUGAAUAAUCAUUAAUAGGCUCUAAGAAAGAAAUAACAUUUAAUUCAAGAAAUAUUGUGGAUAAUAUUAAGAAGAAAUUAAGUGUUUGCAAUGGUGUACAUCAGUGACAAAUGUGAAUUUACAUCCCUUACUGUUGUUGGGCAUUCCCUGAGUAUUCAUGUUCAGUCUGACUAUAAUUCAAUUAAAAUAUUUAAAUAAAUAUACAAAAUACUUACAGCUGUG